CCAGAGCGAUCCUGGGUGCUCUGUCUGUUUCUGUUACCUUCCGGGGUUGCAGGGCUGCGGAGCUGCUGGGAGAACGACGACCUGAGAAAGAGCGACGCAGCUGCGAAAUGGACACAGUGGUCUUUGCGGAUGUGGCUGUGAACUUCACUCAGGAAGAGUGGGCUUUGCUGGAUGCUGCUCAGAGGAAGCUCUACAGAGAAGUGAUGCUGGAGACGUUCAGGAACCUGGCCUCAGUGGUUACAGAUUGUUUCACUCAAGUUAAAACCCGAGCCCCAUGUCCUGGGCAGGACACUUUGGAGAAUAAAAUAUCCAGUGAAGAGAAGAUACCAAGAUUCACAAGAAAUGAUUCCUGGCCUGAUUUUAGAGAAAACUGUAUAGUCUAUAACAUUGCAGGUCGGCACCAACCCCAGGAGAGGCAUCUGAGAAAUCACAUGCUGGAGACUCCAUGUGAGAGUAAUGACGCUAAUCCAUGCGGAGACACCCUGAACCACAUCACAGAUCUUCCUGUGGGGGAGAGACAUCCUCCUGGAGUUAAACCCCGUGAGUGCGCUAAGUGUGGAAAAGCCUGCUCAAAUCAGCCAAGAUCUCCCAAUGGACAUGAACCUCAUCCAUGUGAGGAAUGCGGACAAGCCUGCAGGUGUGUCUCAUGUCCAAGCCCUCACGUGGGACCAGACUGUGUGGAGAAACCCUGUCACUGUCAGGAGACUGGGAGAGCAUGUAAGAGAUACGUGAAGAAUCUCAGUAAUAAAAACUCUAUUGAGUGUCAGAAAUGUGGAAAAGCUUUCACUUGCCACUCCUCCUUUCGGGGACAUUUGAGAGGUCACUGUGGACAGAAAGUCCAUGUGUGCAAAGUAUGUGGGAAAGCCUUUAUGUAUUACUUUUACCUUACAGGACAUGUGAGAACUCACACUGGAGAGAAACCUUAUGAGUGUAAGGCAUGUGGGAAAGGUUUCGGUAGUCUGAAAUACUUUAGAAGGCACGUAAGAACACACAGUGGACUGAAACCGUAUGUAUGUAAGGAGUGUGGGAAAGUCUACAGGUACCUCACAAAUCUGCAAGAACAUGCAAGGACACACAGUGGGGAGAGACCCUAUGUAUGUCAGCACUGUGGGAAAACCUUUAGCCGUCACUCCUCCCUUCGCGGGCACGUGAGAACGCACAGUGGAGUGAAGCCCUAUGAAUGUCAGCAAUGUGGGAAAGCUUUCAGGUUUCCUGCAAACCUGCAAGUACAUGUGAGGACACACACUGGGGAGAGACCCUGUGAAUGUCAGCACUGCGGGAAGGCAUUCAGGUACGCGGCAUCCCUGCGAGUGCACGUGAGGACGCACACUGGGGAGAAACCCUAUGAAUGUCAGCAGUGUGGCAAAGCCUUCACCAGUCACUCUUACCUUCAAAAACAUGUGAGAACACAUAGUGGGGAGAAAUCCUACGAAUGUAAGGAAUGUGGGAAAGCUUUCAGGCAGCUUCAACAUUUUCAAGGCCACAUGAGAAUACACAGCGGGGUGAAACCCUAUGAAUGUAAAGAGUGUGGGAAAUCCUACAGUUUUCUCUCAUCCCUUCGAAUACACGUGAGAAUGCAUAGUGGGGAGAGACCCUUUGAGUGUCAGCAGUGUGGGAAAGCCUUUAGUCGUCUCUGUUCCCUUCAAGGACAUAUGAGAUCACACACUGGGGUGAAACCCUAUGAGUGUAAGGAGUGUGGGAAAUCCUUCAGAUAUCCUGACAACCUGCGAGUACACGUGAGGACACACACUGGGGAGAGGCCUGAUGAAUGUCAGCACUGCGGGAAAACCUUCAGGUAUCCCACAUCUCUGCGGAAACAUGUGAGAACGCACAGUGAAAAGAAUACCUGAAUGUCAGCAAUGUGGGAGAGCCUCCAUGUAUCGUGGAUACCUGCAAGCACAUGUGAGGACACAUGAUGUCAGAAACUGAGCACAAGGACUGUGGGAUGCCUUUAUUCUUCUUUAAAAUUUUGUUGUAAAUGUGAGCAAACACUGGAAAGAAACUAUAUGGAUGGAAAAAAAAUGGAAAAACCUUCAGAUAUAGCACUUUUCUUAUUUUGUACAUGAAAAUUCAGAGCAGGCUGAAAUCUUUUAACUAUUAUAUAUAUAUAGUAUUGCCUUUGUAAAUAACUUAUCCUUACUAGUGGUUUCCAGUGUAUUAAUGUCUGGUUAUGUUUCUGAUAUGAAAACUUGAGAUAAAUAUUUCUCUAUGUCCCUGCAUCUGUACUAUACAUAUUGUAUUAUCUUGGGCUUUAAGUAGUUGUAUAGUUGUAUAAAACUUGUCUCAUUGCCAUUACUAUUACUUUUGGACUUAGUAUUUAGUGGGGGUUUUUUUGUUGUUCAUAAUUUAGUGACGUUAUUGUGUAAAAUUUACAGUUGGGGAAACUGAGGCUCGGAGAGCUAAAAUGACUUGCCCAGUAUCAUA